AUGGCUAUGACUCGUAUCCUAGUACUGUGUUUGGUUAUUGUAUCACACAUGGGUGAGGCAAAAGAACUUUUUCCCUCUGUUGUCUCUGCUUGUGAGCGUAUAUUUGAGUACUUCCCCAAUUGCUUGGAAUUCCUGGUGGGGGGAUCCAAAUUAUGCUAUGCCCUCAAGAAGAUAAUUGUGUUGGUUAUGGUUAAGGGAAUGACACCAGCAUUGGUCCCCUCCAAGAUACAAAAUCUUCCCCUUAUGUGCCACACCACCCUCAGCUUUCCCGUCUCUGAUAGCAUCGAUUGCUCCAAGGUUCGUUAG